AUGCUGAAAUCACAUCGGAUGAUGACAGCGAUACUGACUCAGAUUCGGAAUCGGACACCGCAUUCCAGGAUUGACAUUCAAUUGAUUUUAAAGUUACGCGUCAAACUGAUGACAUACUUUUUAACGAUGAUGAAACAGCCGAACUGCGUAGUGACGCAGGAAAUUCGGGAGCUACUGGCAACCAUAAAUUACGUCUUAGUGGCACAUCAUCGUGAUGCCGGAUUUGAGGACUGCAAUGAUUUACCUUGGUCGCGGUCGCAUUCACCAACGUCGAUGGUCAUAGAGCCGAUCUUUGAUGAAAGGCACUCUGAUCGGAAGAUCGUGACACCGCCGGAAGAUCAGGAUGAAAGGCCAGGCAUGGAGAAUCGAGCUGACUUUUGUGGUGGACCUGGCGGUCAAGCAAUUGAAAAAAAUGAUGGUUAG